AUGCUUUUACAAAGGAUAGGUAUAGAACAUUUGAGGAUAUGUUUUAUUUUUUGCUUAUUUUCAAUUGCUCAUUCCACAUCACAUUAUACAUUUCAAAGGCAUUCAAGGAGUAAUAGCAAUUUGGCAGGUUUGAUUUUUUUUAUUGAAAAAUUCGAAAAAUAUCCAUUAGUUAUAAUUGAAUUGUAGUAUCUAAAUCCGAUUUUAUUUUUUUCUUAAAUCCUGAAAUCAAAAUUCUGACUAAUUUUUGUUCCAUUAUUUUAACAGAAAACAAUGGAACAUGGUUUCAAAAAUCCCAAAACUUCCGGUAUUUCGAAAAUAUCUCUUUUUUCAGAUUUAUUUUCUGAUUAUGAUGAUACACCAGCCGAUGCUGAAAGUGCUUUUAAUGAUAUGUCAAUUUUAUGUGCAAAUAGGUGAGUUAAAUUCAUCCCCAGAUAUUCAAGUACAUAUUUAAAAAUUUCAGACAAAAAAGUUCGGGCUCAAAAAAUUCGUUGUUAGAUGCGCUGUGCAGUAAUGUGCCGAAAAAACAAUAA